GAAAGUAAAAAGAGACAGAAGAGCGACAGCAAAAUGGCAGCAGUCAAAUUUGGUCCUCAUUUAAAAGAAUUGAGAAUUUUGUUAUGCCAGACCUCGAAAUCUAGUCAAGGUGUCAGAGAAUUUAUAGAAAAAGAGUAUGUUCCUUUGAAACUGAGUAAUCCGAAAUUUCCAGUUCUUAUCAGAGAAUGCUCGUCAAUAGAACCGCGACUUUAUGCGCGAUAUGAAUUCGGCAAAGAGGCUUCCGUAUCUCUAGAUAAUUUAAAACCAGAUCAAAUUCUCCAAAAAGUAAAACAACUCGCCGCCUCAAAACCCUGAAAGUAAAAAAAAUGUUGAUUCGUGUACAUUAAAAAUAGGUAUUUUUAGUUGUUACGAUAAUUAAAAUAAUAAAUUAGCAAUUAAAAUAAAAUAGUUAAUGGUA